UAAGCAAUUCCAUUUAUUAAUCUAAAAAAGUAUUUCUCGAUAACGUUUUACUUUUAGUUUUACAUUGUUAAACUGAGAAAACUCGGUGAGGUGAAGUAUGAUACUCGUCCAUUUCAAUUGCACAAAAUAUAAAUUGAAAAAGGACUUAGAAACGAUCUUUUCUGAUUCACAAGCUUAUAGCAAAUUUGUUUUUAUUGCUAAAAAUGUCUUCUCUUUCUUUUAGCAUUUUUUUUAGUCAGUUAUGCAUUUGUCGCUCCUCGUGAUAAUUUGAUCACUGUGUUAGGCUUAGGUGUGAACUUAGUUGUGUGAUAGAAGAGAAACGACACCAACAGCUGCGCGUACGUUUACGGCAGUGAUAUAACCAAAAAUGACCGACGAACAUAGCAUUAUGACGGCGAAAGAUCGAUUGCUGCAGGUACAAAAACAAGAGAAAAAAGUUCUCCAAGCUCGUAUACAAGAUCUCAAGCAUUCUGUGCCUAAAGGUGACAAAAAGAAAAAGAAAGAGGUAGCAGUACAGAUAGCUACUCUUGAAGAAGAAAUGGCAAAGAAACAUGAAAGUGAACUAAGAGGAUUUGAAUCAUCAAUGUGUGAAGAAAAGGUUGAAGAGAUGACUGAGAAUGUGGGUGAUUUGACUGUUUCAGGCAAUCCACAAAUAGACCAUCUUACCUCAGAGAAGCAACAGAAAAUAACAAGAAGCCAGAAACGAAGGGAGAAAAAAGCUAAUGAAGAAAGAGUUCGAAAACAGAGAAUUGAAGAACAAGAAAGAGAAAACUUGACUGGAGUUCGAAAUGUUGAGGCGGAGAAGUUGAAAGAGAUCUUAGCUAAUCGAAAAUUGGCUAUAUAUGAGAUUCCUUCUGAUGGUAAUUGUCUCUAUAAAGCUGUAGAGCAUCAGUUAAAGUUGAGCAACAUUGAGACAUCAGUACCGAUUUUAAGAGAACAAACGGCAAACUACCUUCGAGAACAUAGUACAGAUUAUUUACCUUUUCUAACAAGUGCAAAAAUGGGAGAUUUUAUGACGGAAGAUGAACUUGAAGAAUACUGCAAUGAAAUAGCUAACACUUCUGCGUGGGGUGGACUAAUUGAGCUUCGGAUAAUCUCGCAUGUCUUUCAAACACCGAUCGAGGUGAUUCAAGCCGAUGGACCGAGUAUUAUUAUAGGAGAAGAAUACAUUAGCUCUCCAUUAAUACUUAGUUACCACCGUCAUGUUUAUCAGCUUGGAGAACAUUAUAAUUCUGUCAUUCCUGCUGCUAUGGUGGAAGAAGAGAAGGAUGAAUGAUUGCUAACCCUAAUGAGAAAACAAGUUAUUAUAAACCUGAUCUGGUCCUGUCAGGGAAUUCGUGCUUGUCCAUAACGAAAAAUUUAAAUUUAUUCAUUAUGUUGUACAGCUACAACAGUACUCCUGAUUAAAGUUAUCACUCGCCA